CGGGGUAGCAGCCCGAUUAAAGAAGCUGCCUGGAAGGAAGGAAGGAGCGAGGGAGGGACGGGAACAGUUGGAGGAGGAGCAGCGAGCUGGCCGGUGGUGGCGACCAGAGGCGGAGCGGCCCCCACAAAGCCACGUUUUGUUUUUGUUAUUUUCCAUUCGAAUAGCAGGCCCUUUUGGAAGACCGAUUGCAUGGAAGUCCGGAGGCCCCGACCUUCCAGGUGACAGCCGGUCACCCUGGUAGGAGUCAACUCCGCCCCCAGACACCCCCUCCCGCCCACAGAGCAUUCCCCGCCCAGCCUCCCCGUGCCGCCGGGGCGAGCCACGGCCGCAGCGGCUCUGCGGCGCUGGAGCAAGCGGCCACCCGCUGCAGCGGUGGCGGCGAGGGGACUUGCUGUGGUUUUCCUUUGGCGGAGCAGAACCCCCGCGGGGGAAGGGGGAAGUCCAGCCUUCAGGCGGGAGCGGAGGAAGGAGGAUGACGAUUUAACCCGCCCUCUCCUGCCAGUCCAGCUGCCAGGCGCUCCCUAGGUGCCCGCCGCCGAAGCCUCGGAGCCCAGCCCGGGAAAGUGCCGCAUGGGGCAGGGCCGCUGAAGCCGGAGUUCGGGGUCGCGCCGAAGUGGUCCGGGGUCCCAGUGGGGCAGUUGGCAUAGUUUCGGCGGCGCCUGCGGCGCGAGAGUUUGGGGCUCCGCGCGACUCUUCCGCCGUCUCGGUGCCCCGGCGAGGCACGAGUUAUGGAGCCCCCCAGCUGCAUUCAGGAGGAGCCUUUCCCACACCCCUUGGAGCCGGAGCCCGGGCCCUCGGCGUCGGGCCCUGGGAAGCCGGGCGACAAGAGGUUCCGGUUGUGGUACGUGGGGUGGUCGUGCCUGGACCGCAGGACCACGCUGCCCAUGUUGCCCUGGCUCAUGGCCGAGAUCCGCCGGCGCAGCCAGAAGCCCGAGGCGGGCGGCUGCGGGGCCCCGGCGGCCCGCGAAGUGCUCCUGGUGCUCAGCGCGCCCUUUCUACGCUGCGUCCCGGCUCCCGGCACCGGGACGGCUGGGGGGUCUGGCCCCGCAGCCGCGCAGCCCAGCACAGCGGUGUUCAUCUUUGAGCACAAGGCACAGAACAUCUCGCGCUUCAUCCACAACAGCCACGACCUCACCUACUUUGCCUACCUGAUCAAGGCGCAGCCCGACGACCCGGAGUCGCAGAUGGCCUGCCACGUUUUCCGCGCCACAGACCCCAAUCAGGUUCCUGAGGUGAUCAGCAGCAUAAGGCAGUUGUCUAAAGCUGCCAUGCAGGAGGAUGCCAAGCCCAGCAAAGACGCGGAGGACGCCUUCUACAACUCGCAGAAGUUCGAGGUCCUGUACUGCGGCAAGGUGACCGUGGCCCACAAGAAUGCGCCGUCCAGCCUCAUUGACGACUGCAUUGAAAAGUUCAGCCUGCACGAGCAGCAGCGCCUGAAGAUCCAGGGCGAGCAGCGUGGGCCCGAGGCCGGCAAUGACCGAGUCAUCUUCGAAGUCGAGGGGCCCAGUUCACCCUCAGACAUUCUGUUGGAGGAAGAGGAUGGCGACACCAACACCCACCCUGCCUUACCAAACGUGGCCAGCCAGCCGGCGUUGUCCAGCUCCCGAUCUUGCUUUCCUGAGCGGAUUUUGGAAGAUUCUGGCUUUGAUGAACAGCAGGAGUUCCGGUCUCGGUGCAGCAGCGUCACCGGAGUCCUGCAAAGGAAAGUCCAUGAGAACAGCCAAAAACCACAGCUGCGAAGGAGACACGCCAGCGCGCCCAGUCACGUACAGCCCUCGGACUCGGAGAAGAACAGGACCAUGCUGUUUCAGGUCGGACGGUUUGAGGUUAACCUUAUCAGUCCAGACACUAAAUCAGUUGUGCUUGAAAAGAAUUUUAAAGAUAUCUCUUCUUGUUCACAGGGUAUAAAGCACGUCGAUCACUUCGGCUUUAUCUGCCGGGAGUCAGCAGAGCCCGGGCUGAGCCAGUAUAUCUGCUAUGUGUUCCAGUGUGCCAGCGAGUCUCUGGUGGAUGAGGUGAUGCUAACUCUGAAACAGGCUUUCAGUACGGCGGCGGCCCUGCAGAGUGCCAAGACCCAGAUCAAGCUGUGCGAGGCCUGCCCUAUGCACUCGCUGCACAAGCUCUGUGAAAGGAUUGAAGGUCUCUACCCGCCAAGAGCCAAACUGGUCAUUCAGAGGCAUCUGUCAUCACUGACAGAUAACGAGCAAGCCGACAUCUUCGAGCGAGUCCAGAAAAUGAAGCCAGUGAGCGACCAGGAGGAGAACGAACUUGUGAUUUUGCACCUGAGGCAGCUGUGCGAAGCCAAGCAGAAGGCCCACGUUCACAUCGGGGAAGGCCCGGCGACUAUUUCAAAUAGUACAAUCCCAGAAAAUGCAACCAGCAGUGGAAGGUUCAAACUUGAUAUUCUGAAAAAUAAAGCUAAGAGAUCCUUAACUAGCUCCCUGGAAAAUAUCUUCUCAAGGGGAGCUAACAGAAUGAGAGGCCGGCUUGGAAGCAUGGACAGCUUCGAACGGGCCAACAGCCUGGCUUCGGAGAAGGACUACUCACCAGGCGACUCCCCACCAGGGACCCCCCCAGCCUCCCCACUGUCCUCAGCCUGGCAGACCUUCCCUGAAGAGGAUUCCGACUCCCCCCAGUUUCGAAGACGGGCGCACACGUUCAGCCACCCACCUUCGAGCACCAAGAGAAAGCUGAAUUUACAGGAUGGGCGGGGUCCCGGGGUCCGCUCCCCAUUCCUGAGGCAGAGCUCCAGCGAACAGUGCAGCAUUCUUCCAUCUGCUCGGCGCAUGCACAAGGAGAGUAACUCUUCCUCCAGCCUUCCGAGUCUGCACACUUCCUUCUCUGCCCCUUCCUUCACUGCCCCCUCUUUCCUGAAAAGCUUUUACCAGAAUUCAGGUAGACUGUCCCCACAGUAUGAAAAUGAAAUCAGUGAUGGAGAGGGGAGAAAAAGGACCUCGUCGACUUGCAGCAAUGAGUCGCUGAACGCGGGCGGCACCCCAGUCACCCCUCGCCGAGUCUCCUGGCGGCAGCGCAUCUUCCUCAGGGUUGCCUCUCCCAUGAACAGAUCUCCCUCGGCCAUGCAGCAGCAGGAUGGACUGGACAGGAAUGAGCUGCUGCCGCUGUCCCCUCUGGCUCCCACCAUGGAAGAGGAACCUCUGGUUAUGUUUGUGUCUGGGGACGAUGACCCAGAAAAAGUUGAAAAAAGAAAAAAAUCAGAAGAACUGAGGAGUUUAUGGAGAAAAGCUAUACACCAACAAAUUUUGUUGCUUCGAAUGGAAAAAGAGAACCAGAAACUUGAAGCAAGCAGAGAUGAACUCCAUACCAGAAAAGUUAAAUUGGACUAUGAAGAGGUUGGCGUAUGUCAGAAGGAGGUCAUAAUAACCUGGGACAAGAAGUUACUAAACUGCAGAGGAAAACUCAGAUGUGAUAUGGAAGACAUUUAUGCUUCUCUUAAAGAAGGUGUUCCCAAAAGUCGACGAGGAGAAAUCUGGCAGUUCUUAGCUGUGCAAUAUCGUCUACGGCACCGAUUGCCGACUAAGCAUCAACCUCCUGACAUAUCCUAUAAAGAACUUCUGAAGCAGCUCACGGCUCAGCAGCAUGCUAUUCUCGUGGAUUUAGGGAGGACGUUUCCUACCCACCCCUACUUUUCAGCCCAGCUCGGCGCAGGGCAGCUGUCGCUCUUCAACCUCUUGAAAGCCUACUCGUUGCUGGACAAGGAAGUGGGUUACUGUCAGGGGAUCAGCUUUGUGGCGGGAGUCCUGCUUUUGCACAUGAGUGAAGAGCAAGCCUUCGAAAUGCUGAAAUUCCUCAUGUAUGACCUGGGCUUCCGCAAGCAGUACAGACCCGACAUGAUGUCGCUACAGAUUCAGAUGUACCAGCUGUCCAGACUCCUCCACGACUAUCACAGAGACCUCUACAACCACCUCGAAGAGAACGAAAUCAGCCCCAGUCUCUACGCUGCCCCCUGGUUCCUCACUCUGUUUGCCUCUCAGUUUCCACUAGGAUUUGUAGCCAGAGUGUUUGAUAUUAUUUUUCUUCAGGGAACUGAAGUUAUAUUUAAGGUUGCACUCAGUCUACUGAGCAGCCAAGAGACACUUAUAAUGGAAUGUGAAAACUUUGAAAACAUCGUUGAAUUUCUUAAAAACACACUACCUGAUAUGAAUACAUCUGAGAUGGAAAAAAUUAUCACCCAGGUUUUGGAGAUGGAUAUUUCUAAGCAGCUACAUGCCUAUGAGGUAGAGUAUCAUGUGCUGCAGGAUGAGCUUCAGGAAUCUUCAAACGCCUGCGAGUACAGUGAGCCUAUGGAGAAGCUGGAGAGGGCCAAUAGCCAUCUGAAAAGACAAAAUAUGGACCUCCUUGAAAAACUACAGGUAGCUCAUGCUAAAAUCCAGACGUUGGAAUCCAACCUGGAAAACCUUUUGACCAGAGAGACCAAAAUGAAAUCUUUAAUCCGGACCCUGGAGCAGGAGAAAAUGGCUUACCAGAAGGCGGUGGAGCAAAUCCGCAAGCUCCUGCCUGCCGACGCUCUGGCGGACUGCGAGUCGCUGCUGAGAGAGAUGACCUGCAUCCCCAACAACAAAGCCAAGACGGGGAGCAAGGCCUAACAGAGGCGGCGGAGGUGGAGUGGAGCUGGCGUUGCCCCGCAGAACGCGCCCCGGCACCCCCUGGAGGAGAGGACCUGAAUGCCGCGGCCGGGCCUGGUGCUGAGUCCUCGGCCGGCCGGGCGCCCGCUCUCUGUAGAGUUUGCCAAUCCUAAGCCAUUGUACACAGACAGACUAGCUUUUGUUAUUGCUGUUGACUAUGUACAGAUAUAAAAUGGACAUUAAGAAUUCAUGCUGUCGGAUAAAAAGAGUAAAUGCAGAUUUAGAGCAAUUUUUUAAAAGAAAAACUUCGUGAAAUCCACACCAAAGGGAAGCGAACGUGAAAUGUCCCUUAACACAUGUGAAAUCAUUUCAUCUUUGUCAUGAAACAAAGCUAGAGAAUCUUUAUAUAUUGAAAUACACUUGACAAAAAUGAAUGUAUUUUUCUUCUCCAAAGAGCAGCAUGUUUCACUCAACAGCAGAGAGGGGGGAACAUUUGUGUAAAUUUGUGUGUGUCUGUCUGAAAACGCAUUGACCUUGUAUGUCCGAGGAACACGACUGGUGGUCAGUGCUGCCUCUGAGGUCCUUUCGGGAAGGUGGGGGCCUUCUGCCCCCACCUGCUCUGUGCCAGCUGGCGUGGGUGUCUGCAUGCAUGUGGAAAAGCUAGACAUUGUGGCUGCGUCUACCCACCCAGUUCAAGGUGAAAGAGAAUGUUGCUAAUUCUGUAGCAAAUUAGACCAGCAUUGUAAUUCAACAUCAGGCCUCAGAAUAUUCAUUUAGGACCUAAAUUGUCCCGUUCAGGGUUUUCCCUUUUUAUUUAAAUUACUCCUACAUUCACCUCCCCUUUAUUUGGUGCCACAGUUGGUGGCAAGGAUUUGCCAUUUUCCCACCAAAAUGUGGGAGUUCUUACUUUUCUCUACCGUAAAUGAAGGAUGAGGGAAUGCAAUUAUGAUAAACUUUUUAAAGAUGAUAUAUAUGCUGUGAUCGGAUACUUUUUUGGGACAGGUGAUGGACUGUGAUAAGCUCACAACCAUCUCCCCCUUCAAUGUGAACGUUUCUGAGAACUGUGAAAUGUCGGAAACACACGGUUGGAAUUUGCUGGAAGGGAAGGGGAAAGUGGCGCCAGGCCCUUCUCGUGCAUGCGUCUCUGAGUUCGCCCCCGCCAGCUGUCUCGACCGCAGGCAGCGUGUUUGUUGGAGGACUCUCUCACCUGCCAGGUGUAUGGAAGUAAUGUUCACGGCGCGCAUGCACGUCUCCACGUCAGAGAUGGCUCUGGGAUGGUGCCUCCGGAAGCUGGUGCAGCGUUUCUGCCUUUCCAAAACGAUAUUUGUCAUCACUGCUUUGUGCAGUACUUACGUCAGCACAGGUGGAUCCUCUGGGAUAAUCUUCUCCGAAGGGAGCUUGUUUUACACAAGCUAGGCUGCAUUGCAGAGAGGAGUCGAGCUUUAAAGGUUUUGGAAAAUCCUGAUGAACAGAUGAUAAACAUCCGCUGUCUCCCUCCGCGCCAUUAUUUGGUGUGAUUGUAAUGGUUCUUGCUACAAAUCAACGGGCCCUCGAAUCCAGGCACUUUGUUAAACGAAAAUGAAGUCUUGUUAGUCAAGUUAAUGUAAUUUCUAGGUUCUAGAAAAUGCCGAUUCUAGGUGCCCCAUUCAGUUGGGGCCACCACCUGAUCUGUUGCUUGGUUAUCUCUGGAAUGUCUCUAUUUGUAGGAGAAGUUUAUUUUUAUUUUUUCUUGUGAUGAAAAUUACCUGACGUGUGUGAUGCACAGGUGGUAGCCAAGGAAUCUUCAAGUUGGGAAAAGAAACUUUCAGUUCAGUUUGAAGUUAAUUUUAUUCUGGCUGUUCAAGGCAAUGUUAUGAGUUGUAUUAUGGAGUUGACAGGUUGAGGUGUCUUGGAUAUAAUAACUUCUUUUGAAAAUGAAUUUCCUUUUCUUUCCUGAUUUUGUAAAUGUUGCAUCAGUUAUGCUUCAUGCAUUGUUACAUCUUCAUGGGGUAUAUGUAAUGUCUAGUUCAUUUCCAAUAAAUACAUUGCUACAGUU